AAUUUGUUUUUCCCCUCUGCUCGAUCACUACCGAAAUUACUCCCAUCGGUUCUCCCUGAGUGCCGGAGACGGCGUUCUUUCAAUUUGCCCCCAAUAGUUUUCUUCAUCGCAUUGUUGGUCGUUGAUUUUGCGGGGGAUUUACAAAUUUUGUCUCUGGUUUAAGUAUGGCGGUAACUGCAAGUGAAUUCCUAGUCUGGUUGAAAUCAACACAACAGAGUCCUUGACGGGGUGUCCGUCUGCUUCACAAACUCUCUCUUCAAAUGAAAUGCUGGUGAGCUUCAAGAGAAGUCGCUUUGUUUUACUACAAUUUUGAGAAAUUGAAAUUCAUGGCAGCUCCUUCACCGGUCCUGGGCAACAACUCCAUCGCCACCCCACCCAAGACCCUUCGGGGUCUCAACAAGCCGAAGUGUAGUCAGUGCGGCAAUGUUGCUCGCUCCAGGUGCCCAUUUCACUGUUGCAAGAGUUGCUGCUCCAAACUCGAAAAUCCAUGUCCUAUUCAUGUUUUGAAAGCCAAUGCAACAUUUACUGACAAAACUCCUACUUCAAGCAGUCCUUUGUUUGAGCAGCCAUCAACUGAAGCAUCUUCUGCAGGGAAUGCUCUUAGAGUUGCAUCACUUCGACAACUUUCGAGCAAUUUUGCCCAAUUUAACAAUUUGCAAGUCCCGCUUCGUUCAAGGAAGCCAUUGACUAAAAAGGAUGCUGCAACUAUAAAUGAGUGGAGAUUCGCCAAGUUAAAGGAGUACAAGGACAGCAACAUUGAAAUUGAAAAUGAAGCUUUUGACCGGUACGUGCAGAAUAUUAGUUUGCUGGAGGAGGUAUUUUCAGUUGAAUCAAUUUUAGAAGAGUUUCCCGAGGAUGGAUCCCCUUCACUCGACCCUUCUGCCACUGAACAUGAAGUUGAGAUGAUGUAUUUAGGGCAGAAGUUGGAGAUGAGGUCACAUACAAUGAGAAGCGACAAGUUAAGGAGGAGGAUUCAACAAAUUGUUAAUCAAGGGUUAAGGAAGCUUCAGGAACGUGAGAUGAAUGAGGAAGUUGACGACGCAAACAGCAAAAAUGAACUUGAUAAAAAACCGAAAAAGAUAAAAAGUUGGUGGGGCGAGAGGUUUUCUGCCUUAAGUGAUCUCUUAGACAAGCUAGACAAAGCCCGAAGUAAUGAGGAUCUUAAGGCUUGCUUGGAGAUGAAAUCCCAACACCCUGAUCUGCAUGCAAAGUCAACCAAAGAGGAUGCUGAGGUUCCGAAGCAGGACUCUGGCAAAACUGACUGGUCACCUAGGAUAGAGGGAAAACUGUUCAGAGCAAUAGAAAUUGAUCAGGAAACCCUUAACAUUGUCAAUAUGCACUUCUCUUCCCUUGAGGAGAUAGAAGAUUUGUAAACUAUGGUUUAGAACUAGAUGUUAAGCAGGGAAUGGAUUACAGAUUUGCUCAAAGUGUGUGUUUUUUUUUUUUUUUUUUGGUAUUUUCCAAGAAAAAUGUUACUCAUAUAUGUCAGUGAUUCCACUGGUAUCCAGCCACUGCACUGAUGUUGGAGGUAUCAAACCGAUUAUGAGUGAUUUUGGGUUUCUUUGGGGUUUUUCUUUCAUAUGAUGGGUGGUGCAACAAUGCAUAUGAAAUUAUGAAUCCA